UGCUUCCUUGCAUACAAGAUACCAAGUCGGUAUUACAGGAUUUAACUCCAAUAAAUCAUUUCUUAUAUUUACAAUAAAUGACCUUUUUUUCUAAGUCCGCUUUGAACCCGCCGCUCGGUACGUGUGUGCUGGGUUCCUACAGGCAGCGUUGGCAAAAGCCGAAGGAGCAAGGAGGCGCAGCAUGGAGGCGCACGGGGGUAUUUGCUGUUCCGAGGCUUGUAAGGUCACUAGCGUGCAGGCGGAUGGGAGGCGCGCUACCUGCCAGCGCGCAUCAUCGCGCUGUACUCGCGUGUCAUCGAAGCCUACUUUCGCUUCCUUGUUUUAAACGCUCGGCACGAGUAGACAAACUCGCAUCACCAGCGAAACAAAAUGAGCGACAGUAUUAGCGAUCAAAGUCGUGUUAGGCAAACAGUGUUGGACAGUUACCUGACGUACUACAGCAGCGUUUGGGCUCCUGGAAACGGCAAAGUGUGCAGGGACCCGCAGGUGCGCGAGGACGCGCGGCAGGUGCUGCAGGCGGCGGCAGACCCCGCAGAGAGGUUCCUCGCGCUGGACUUCUACGCCACGGUGGCCCAGUGUGCGCGACACACCGGCACACACCUGGCGCACUGCCUCGCUAGCUUUAGCAAAGUUGCCGAAAUGCUUGAAACGCUCUGUGUCAACUUAUUCCUGUUCCCGUGGAAGAAGGAGAUCAAAACGUUGAAGACAUUUACCGGUCAUUUCGUAUAUUUCAUUCAACCAGUGCUACCGCACGACACUACCAAAAGUAUUCUCCAAAGUAUCGGUUACUGCCUUGAAAACGACACGGAGUAUAAGAUGUCAAAUCAUGUUGACCUAGACAAGGUGAAGGAAUUAGGGUUUGACCUUUUUCUCGCGAGGCUGGAAUGCGAGUAUCUCCUGGAGGUCAUGGGUGAGAAGUCCCAUGCAGAAUGUCUGGAGAUCUUGUCCAGCAGAGCAUCUCCUCAGAGGCCAGGAGCUGGAGAGGCCCUGGACCCCAUGGGCUGUGCAGAGGGGAGACCGCCGAGGUCCAUCGUUAUCGACGACACGUCCAUCCUGGAGAUGCAGAAGAGUUACCCAGACCUGGCCUUUCGUCAGAAACCCAUUUUCACAAAGCCUCAGACAGCUCAGAGGAACAAGGAGCGGACAAAAGACCCGACGCCAGCGCAGCUGCACACAGUCGGUAUCGACAUGAGUGGCCCCCAGUCCAUCGCCUUGCACACGGAAUCUCCCACAAUGUUUAGAAAACUACAGCUCCCAGAGUCAGUAGUGGAAGCGCAGUCCACGGAGGAGAAGCAGCCUCGAGUGCUCUGUGUAGGAUCUGUACACCACCGACCCGGCUUCAGCCAGGCAGGAGCCACAGACGUGCUGGAGCUGACGGAGAGGCUGUGUAACGUGCAGGUGAAGGACUUCGGUGCUGACGAGCCCCUUAAAUACCCCACAGAGGAGACAUCGCAGGCCCAGCAGUGCCAAGGAGGUGUGGACUGUGCUGUGUCACCCCUGUGCGCCUCCACGGAGGAGAAGCAGGCGGUGCCGUGCACUCCGUCCCAGGACCCGUCCUGCAGACCUGCUGCUGAGAUGCCACAGAACGACCCCAUCAAGGAGCCCCCGCACUCCUUCUACAUCCCUAAUUGUCUGAGUGGGUGUAGCCCAGCAGUGGCACUGCCUACAGAUCAGCAGGCAGAACUCCAGCCCACUGAGCUGUGGUCACACUGUCUGUAGGUGCUGCAGGUGUGGAGAAUCUUGCUUACCUCACUGCCUUCCUCCAGGGUUCAUCUCUGGACCACCCAGACCAGCUAACACAGCUCUUCUGAAGAUGGAUCAGAGGUUGGAGCUAAACACUGCAGGAUGGCGGAGCACAGCCUUACAGCAGCAUACUGGCGUUCCUGUCGUAUUCUCACGCUGAUCUGCUUAAUCAAGUCCAUUCUUAUUCUACAAAUUGCUCAUCUCUACCGUCAGAAAAAGGGACUGUUUUAACCAUACAAGGUGAACAGUGUACUGGUCAUAUACGGUGUAUAAAUAUGACAGAAGAAGGUUCUUAAAGUGUUGAAUUUUCCCAUUUUUGUUUCUCAGGUUAAUUAACAUUUUGUGCUCUACAUGCUUUAUGUAGUUAUCUGUGCCUUACUUGAAGUUAAAUUU